AUGGACGCUGCGGCUCUCUUCAACGAGCGAAGGGGAGACGUUGCAGCCUUCACCGCGCUACUCUUUCGACGUAGUGCCGUGCAACGACCACCACCCCGCGGCAAGUCAAGUUACAAAGAAGGCAGAAGCAGUCAGUAUGAGACGAAGACGGCAAGAAAACAGAAGCUGCUACGCGAGAACACGCCUGUCGCUCCCUCUCCUGUCCCCGCAUUGCUGACGUCUUCUUCUAGCUGUGCCGCUCCUGCGUACCGCCGACCGGCUUCCGCGAAUGUUCCCGUGUCACGCGUUUUGCAAGAGGCGAAGGCGCGCGCUGCACGGAGGCGGCGUAUGGGAGAAGAAAGCGUUAAGAAGAAACGGAGGACGCCCACCGUGGGCGAUGAAAGCGAUGCGGAUGCUGCUGCGACUUUCCGUAGCGCGACGGCCGGCGCCUUCGGCUUCACCGCACAGGAGCUACGCGAUCACACCUACCUGUGGAUGUCGGACGCCGGUCACAACAACGAGUCCGCACAGGACGUGUCUCGUCAGGCGUGGAAACUGAGUGGAGAGUUGACACCAAAGCAGCAGGCGAAGCUGCGGCGACUUCGCAUUAAGCGAAAGCAUCAGCGCCUCCUGUCCUCUUCACAGUGGGUGUUGUGGCUGCGCCGUAGACGGCGGCUGUGGCAGCGACGGCGCCCUGUUGCGCGCCGCCGACACCUCCGUCGCCGACUUGCACUGCAGCACGGACGUGCACUCCCACCCUGCUCGUGCUGCGCGCAGAGGAAAGAGUGCAGACGCCGCGUUAAGGCUUCCUCGACCAAGUUGGUGCCGCACGUCACACAGUGGCUGCCCUCACACGCUCGGUUGGUGAGCCGAUAUCACCAUCGUGUUGUGUCGUUGGUCGUGCCACUGGACGUCACGCACGCGACGGGCACCGACGUCGCCGUGGUAAAUGCAACGGGAUGCGCCGGCGGAACCGCAAAGACGUCGUUGCCAUCGAAGAAGCGCAAGCCGGUACUGACGGCGCGCCUCUCCGUGCCAAUGGAGCCGACACGAAAGGGCCACCGCUUUCUGCAACGCUGGGCAACGCAACUGGGCGCUCGGCAGCGUCGCCAGUCCUCCCACGCCCACGGUGCGCACCUGCCGGAGCAGUCUCAAGCCGCCUCGCACACGCCAUCGGCACUGGAGAAAACUCUCGUGGCAGAUGUCUCGCAUCAGUGCGUCUACGCCGUCACGAAGCGGAUCGCAGCUCGUGACGCAACGCCCUCCUCUCUUCUUACGCCGAGCAUAGUCAUAGACGCGCUCGGGCUGCGUGCGGUGCCCUGCGACCCCGCAAACGCAGCAGCGUCCACUGCGGGCAUGGUCGUUUCGAUUGCCCCAAUCGUGCUGCAUCGACGCCUACGCGAGACCACCGCCGUUGCGGUGCACGGACACAUGUGGAGUGCCACCGAGGAGAACCGUGCCUUGGCCUCCACACGCUCCGGCACGCAGCGUGGCCGAAGACGUGUCAGCACGGUCGCGCGGCAUACGCGGGUGGUGCCCGUCGUGCUGGUCUCCUACGCUGACGCAGGAGGCAACAAUUCAUCUGACAACUAUCUGCUUUUCAGUGAAGCCCCCGUGCUAAUCCCACGGCGUGCCAGUGAGAAGCUGAGCGUGCGGUUGAUCUCUGCGUGGAACCCGUGCUGCCGGUGCCCCGCCUUCGCAUCCGUGUAUGAGCUCUGGAGAUGGUACCCUUCCACCUCGUCUGAACUCUCCUCCCUUGCAUCCCACACGUCUGCCGGGCUUCCGCUGCCUACGUGUCAAGCUGCCCAGCUCGUCAGGGCGGUAUCGCGGCGGUGCGCACGGCUGCAUCGCCGCCUCAACCAUCGUGCAGCGGCGACUCGUCAGCAGCGCAUAGUAAAACACGUGAAGAAGACGACGACGGAAAAAGCUGCUGCUCGUUUUUCGUUGAGGCAACAGAAGCAGCAGCAGCAGACGAACAACACGACACCACGCAAGAGCCUGCCAUUUGUAGCAUCGCAGAGUCGUGCCAGGCGCACGUCGGCGCACACGCCGUCUCGCUUUUCCAUAGUGCUCUUCCCAAGUCUGCCCCCUCCUUUUCUUCUGUCCGCACCGGGGCCGCAGAAGGACGGCACCUGUAAGAAGGAGUGUGCUCCGUAUGUGUGGCGUGUUGGUUUCAUCUAUCACCGCGAUGAACGUUCCCUGCGAUCCCCCGUUGCAUCUCCGAAAGACCUAACGAUAAAAAGCACGAGGACAGCGGAGGCGGUGUCGUCAGCGGUGCGAAUAAAGACUCCAAAGGACGCUGCAAAGCGACGUGUCCAUCCUGCGCCGCCUCGACGACUGUACCGCGCAUCAGUGCGGGCGCGCCGCACACACUUUCACCUUGCACGCCGUUUCUUUGGGUUUCUGCUCACAACCUCUUUCGAGUCUGCCCCAACUGGCUCAUCGAGCCGGCGCGCCAAAGCACGCGUGCUGGGCCUGAGCGAGCGCGCGACGCUCAUGCGGCUGGUCGGCCGACCUGCGUACCCGUUGGACUACGGCCAGUCGCGGCCAUCUACGGCGUCGCAGCAGCGGUCCGGCAAGCAGCCGCACGCGUCCGUGAAGUGCCUCGUGACGCGUCCUGGUGUGAAACGAGUCCGCAGUACUUCUUCUCUCGCCGCCGAAGGGGAGGAGGGGGCGAGGGAGCUGAGCACCGUUGCAGAGCAUCGCUCUCCCCUCCACCUCCCCAUUACCCCCCUUCCUUCGUACGUGCACGUGCUCGAAUACUACGGAAACCUGACAAAUGCGGGCUGCCGCGUCACCGUGCGGGCAGCUCACGCGGAUAAAAGGCUGCCGACGCUGCACAGCACGGUGGGCUGCGUUCUGCUGCGAUGUCGCGCUACGGCGUCGAACGCCGCGACGGCGGUGGAGCCGGUCGGUGUGGUCUCCUCGUCUCCUUUUUUCACGCAGCGCUUCGGCUGUAUGGCGGCCGCGGUGUGGUGUUGCAGCCCCCCCGCGUCGCCUCGUGUGUUGUCGUGCGAGGCACGGAAGGUGCACCCGCUGCAUGGUACGCGUGAUGGCGAGGCAGACGGCGGAUCCAGCAUGGCUGCAGGGAAGCGAGCGACGUCGCUGACAGAGAGCAGAGAUGACGGGUGGACAGCGGCGUCGCUCUUGACGGCACAGCAGGUGAGCACGAACACAUGGUUUGUGCUCGCGCCUCCAGAGGCUGCUGCAACACUGCUUCGGUUGAGUGCGACCCUGCAACGCGAGUGCCCUCCGAGGCAGCGCACAGCGAGCCGGCGUCAACGAGCGUUUGACCUGACGCGCGGUCGCGCGGCUCGUAAGUUGGAGGCGUUCCUGUGCGACUCAACUUUCUGCUCCCCUGUGCAGCUGAUCCGGUGGUACGCCUAG